CGCAACGGGGAUGCUAAAUAACGAUUGCAAGAUCCAUGUGCAGGAAUCGGAAAAAUUGCUGGGACUUGAAAAAUCGCGGAACACGCAAAUGUACAUCGAAUUCAAUGAUAUCUGUUACUCGGUUCGUCGCAAUCGCAAAGAAACUGAGAAAACAGUCCUACGUAAUGUAACGGGGCAUUUCGAACCGGGAAAAGUCACGGUGAUAAUUGGUCCUUCCGGCGCGGGAAAGACCACCCUGCUGAAAAUCAUAUCAGGCAAACGACUGAACGGCGUUAAAGGUACCAUUAUUGUAAAUGGCGUUGAACAGAAUACAGGAAUGUUUCGUAAACAGGCGUGCUACGUACCGCAAAAAUUUCAUCUAUUGCCGUUCCUCACAACGAGAGAAACAUUCUAUAUAGCGGCACGUUUGAAACUCAACAUUAAUCAAAAUGAACGAGCAGUUCAUUUAAUUGUAAAUGAUAUCGCAAAAAAUCUCGGCUUGACAAAUUGUCUGGACACAUUGGCGAGUAAAUUAAGCGGUGGUGAACGAAGAAGACUCUCCAUCGGCGUGGAAAUGAUCGCCAAACCAUCCAUUUUCUUACUAGACGAACCAACAAGCGGACUCGACAGUGCGGCCAGUAAUCAACUCGUUAACAUGCUGCACAAUAUGGCGAGAGCAAACUGUACUGUGAUUUGUGCUAUACAUCAACCCAGCA